GCGUUAUUGUCAUUUGGCCGCCUACAGUCUGGCUUGAAGACACGUCAAAAUAAUCAAUUCGCAAAUCGACUAGAUUGAAUUCGUUUAUACGGUUUGAAAGUGUCGAAUUUGCCAAAAAGUGUAUAUAUUAUAUGAAAUUGUGAUAUUUCGGCUAAAUUUUGCGGCGAAAAAAUUCGUGUUUAUUUAACAAAAAUAAAAAAAAUUGUGCUUUAAUUGUUCAGCGCAGUGUAAAUAAUUAUCUGGCACAUUUGGCGGAGAACAAUAAAAGAAAAUAAUUUAUGAGAAGUUAAAACGUUUGUCAAGCCCAAAAUAGCAACAUUAAUAACACAUUGCAUUUAUAAAGUAAUUAACGGUUGAUGAAUACAAGCUAAAUAUAGCGCAAUAACUGUAAAGAGAAUUAAGUGAAUUGUCACAGUGUACCUGCCAGCAGUAUGGAGAAAACUUAUCUGCAUUUCACAACCUUUUUGUGCCUCCUCACGCUGGGCGUCUGUGUGCCAACUAUUCUAAGUACUGACUUCACCACUUACAGUAGUUCGACAGUGGAACCAAAAGGACGAAGAUUUCCGCACGACUUUAUUUGGGGCGUCGGUUCGUCAUCGUAUCAAAUUGAGGGUGGUUGGAAUGCAUCUGGUAAAGGAGAAUCAAUAUGGGAUCGUCUAACACACGCUAACCCAGAGAAGAUUGCUGAUAAAUCAAAUGGUGAUAUUUCAGCAGACAGUUAUCAUCAGUGGCGUCGUGAUGUACAAAUGUUGCGUGACCUAAAUGUACAUGUAUACCGCUUUUCCAUCUCGUGGACCCGAGUUAUGCCCGGCGGUUAUAUGAAUGAUGUGAACAGUGAAGGUAUUCGCUACUACAGUGACCUGAUUAACGAACUGCUGCAUUAUAACAUCACACCAAUGGUGACAAUCUAUCACUGGGAGCUGCCGCAACGUUUACAAGAAUUGGGUGGUUGGACCAAUCCCGAAAUUAUACCCGUAUAUAAAGACUAUGCACGUCUGCUAUUCGAGAUGUUUGGCGAUCGUGUUAAAAUCUGGACAACGAUCAAUGAACCCUGGCAUAUAUGUGAAUACGGUUAUGGUGUUGAUUACAUGGCGCCCUCGUAUAAUUAUCCCGGAAUUCCAAGCUAUCUAUGUACACACAACUUGCUAAAGGCACAUGCCGAAGCGGUGCAUAUGUAUCGUGACCAGUAUCAGGCAUUACAGAAGGGCAAAAUCGGUAUUACUAUGGACUCAUCGUGGAUGGAACCGAAAACCGCAUCGGAGGAUGAUCGCUUGGCGUCUGAUCGUGCUUUGCAAUUCUAUAUCGGUUGGUUUGCGCACCCGAUAUUCUCGAAGGAGGGCAAUUAUCCACAAAUCAUGAUCGAUCGAAUUCGUAAUUUGAGCAAAGAGCAAGGUUUCACUCGUUCGCGUUUGCCGGAAUUCACAGAUGAAGAAGUGCGUCGUAUACGCGGAACAUCGGACUUCUUCGGUCUCAAUUCGUACACAUCGAAACGAGUGACGAAAAAUGAUCACAACAAUACUAUCAAUUACCCAGUACCAUCGUUUGAUCACGAUAAGGGCGUUAUUGAGGAUCAAGAUCCUAACUGGAAGGGAUCGGGUUCGGUGUGGUUGAAGGUCUAUCCCAAAGGCAUGUACAAUUUAAUCAUGUGGAUCGUGCGAGAAUAUGAUAAUCCUCCUAUAAUUGUGACUGAAAAUGGCGUAAGUGACGUUGGAGGUCUUGAAGAUUAUGGACGUGUUGAUUAUCUGAACUCUUAUCUAUCUGCGAUUUUGGAUGCCAUUGAAGAUGGCGCAAAUGUACAGGGAUAUACUUAUUGGAGUUUGAUGGACAGCUUUGAAUGGAAAGCUGGCUAUACUGAAAAAUUCGGUCUCUACAACGUCGACUUUAGCCAUCCGAAUCGUACGCGUACACCGAAAAUAGCAGCCAAAGUCUAUGCGCAAAUUUGCAAGACGAACACGAUCGAUUGGAGCUAUCGGCCGAUAUUGGACGAAACCCAAAUUAACGCGAUGGCACAGAUGCCCGCAGCUGAAGUCGCUGACGAUGGUACAUCGGGUGCGAAUACUAUAUACAACAGAUUAACUAGUCAAAGUUGGCAUAGCAUAACAUUACUGCUUUUAAUUGUAAAUUAUUUAUUACGAAUUUAAGUUCUCAUCGUUGUAGUUAAUGUUGCCAUUAGUUGGGCUUUGUAAAUAUGUGUGUAUAUAGUUUUUAAUUAUCUCGUUAGUACAUGACUAAAGUAUUAUAUUAUUUAAAUUAAAUGAACCAAUAAAAAACUGUUUUUAAAAAAUA